AUGGAAAUAAAUACAGAAGAUAGAAUUCGAUUUGAUGAUGACUUAUAUAUAUCUAAAAUUUCAUAUUUAAAUAAAGCUUAUUCUUCUAAUUGUUUAAAAUUAGAUCAUGAAAAAACAAGAUAUAUUAAUUAUUAUAUGCAUUAUAUUUCUGCUAAAGAUUUGAAACAAUUAAAAAAAUAUCCUGAUGAUGAUCAUAUUAAAGGUAUUAUUCACAAAGCAUAUAAACAAGCAACAGCAUUGGCUAAAGAUAUUCUUGGUAUGAUUAUUUCUGAUAAUAUAGCAUUUCAACCAGAGAUAUUUACAAAAUUUGAAAAUACAAAUAAUCUUUAUAUUAGUUUUGCAGCUAAAGAAAUUAAAAAACGGGAAAAAUUAAAUUUUUCUGAUAAUUCUAAUGAUGAUUUUAUUGAAGCAUAUAAUAGUUUAUCUAUGUUAUUGAAUUCAAAUUAUACAUUUAGUUAUAAUUCUGAAUUUAUGAUUGGAAUUGUUAAUAAUCAAUAG